GAGGACGCGUGGCGUUAAAGAUGCUGAGGUGCAUUGUGGGAGAUGUGCGUGCAGGAGGAAGAGUCCUGAGAGGUCUUCCUCUGGUCCGGGGGUCGUCGUCUUCGCUGAGCUCUCAGAGUCGAGCCGUCAGACUCCUCCCUCCUCCUCCUCGUCCUCCUCAGGUGAGUCGCAGGUGUCUCAGCUCGUCCUCUUCUGCCGCUAAAGUGAAGCUGCGGACGCGCCUGGCGGUGACGCUGCUGUUCGGCGGCGGCCUGCUGUCCGUGUGGGGCUUCGUGUACUCGGAGAAGCAGCAGAAGCUGCGGCGGCAGCGCGUGGAGCAGCUGCAGCGGGUGGCGCUCGGUCAGGGUACCUUCAGCCUGCUGGACCACCGCGGCCAGCGCCGCACCAAGAAGGACUUCCUGGGCAGCUGGGUGCUGCUGUACUUCGGCUUCACGCACUGUCCCGACAUCUGCCCCGACGAGCUGGACAAGCUGAGCGCCGUGGUGUCCGCUCUGGACCGGGACGCCUCGCUGCCGCCCGUCCAGCCGCUCUUUAUCACCGUGGACCCCGAGAGGGACGACGUGGCGGCGCUGGCCCGCUAUGUCAAAGACUUCCACCCCCGUCUGAUCGGACUGACGGGGACGCCGGAGGAGGUGAAGCACGCAGGGCGGGACUACCGAGUGUACGCCAGUCCCGGACCCAAAGACGAGGACGGGGACUACAUCGUGGAUCACACCAUCCUGAUCUACCUGAUCAGUCCUGACGGGCUGUUUCUGGAUUAUUACAACAGGAUGAAGAACCAGGAGCAGAUCACCGAGAGCGUCAAAAACCACGUCAUC